UGGAAUUCGGCUUACGACUACACCAGGUCUCGAAGCAUACAUCUCGCUCCCAUCCUCUCCAUCCUCUCUCCAGCUCAGCUUCACUCACAUAAAAACAUUCAAUUACAGUAAAAACAAGAAAGAUAACUAUGGCUGGCUCUUAUGAUCGCGCUUUGACCGUCUUCUCGCCCGAUGGUCACCUCUUCCAAGUCGACUACGCUGUCGAGGCUGUCCGCAAGGGAAGCUGCGUCGUCGGUGUCCGUGGCUCUGACGUUGUGGUUUUGGGCGUCGAGAAAAAGUCGGCCAUGAAGCUCCAGGAUGAACGCACAGUAAAGAAGAUCUGCAUGCUGGAUGACCACGUUUGUCUUGCCUUUGCUGGUCUUUCGGCGGAUGCUCGCGUAUUAAUCAACAAGGCAAGGAUAGAAUGUCAGAGCCACAGACUUACAGUGGAGGAUGCAGUCUCGAUCGAAUAUAUUACGCGCUAUAUUGCAGGGGUACAGCAGAAAUACACGCAGAGCGGAGGAGUCCGUCCGUUUGGAAUCUCGACAUUGAUCAUGGGCUUUGAUUCAGACAAGGUGCCCAAGCUGUACCAGACGGACCCCUCGGGUGUUUACUCUGCAUGGAAGGCCAAUGCUAUCGGUCGAUCUUCAAAAACUGUUCGCGAGUUUCUGGAGAAGAACUAUAAGGAGGACAUGAACAGAACCGAAGCAAUUAAACUUGCUAUCAGAUCAUUGCUUGAGGUUGUUCAAACUGGAGCGAAGAACAUUGAGAUUGCCAUCAUGGGAACGGACAGCGUUAUCCAGCGUCUGGAGCUGGCGGAGAUCGAGACAGUUGUAGCAGAGAUUGAGGCCGAGAACGAGAAGGAGAAGGAGAAGAACAAGCCCACGUCAUCUCAGCAGUAGAGUUGGAUUAAGAUAUCCUGGAUGCGCUUCCCCUCUAUGUUGUAACAGGAACAUGUAACACAAUAAGGAUGCUCUUUAUGCACCAUUAAACAGCGAGCAAUAAAAAAACGAAUCAUACGGCUACAGCAAUGGGA